AUGGCGCUUUCACGGCUCAGACAUCCGGUGAUCUCACGGGCAUCCUCUCUCGUUAGAGCUCGCUUUCUCUCCCACUACGCUGACUCCUCCACCAGAUCCUUGUCCCGCUCGUCAUGCUGUCAGAAUUCUCUUGGUGAUGGAAACAGCCCGCUGUUAAGGCCAUCUUCAUUAUCUGUUAUCAAGGAAUCACAUGAUAGUUUCUUGAAAGUGAAGUUACACAGUGGUAUCCGGCAUUUCUCUUCAGAGGUUCCAGCACACAUGGUUGUCGGGAUGCCAGCUUUGUCCCCUACAAUGACUCAAGGUAACAUUGCAAAAUGGCAUAAAAAAGAAGGGGAUAAGAUAGAAGUUGGUGAUAUACUAUGUGAGAUAGAGACAGAUAAAGCCACUCUUGAAUUUGAAAGCCUUGAAGAGGGGUAUUUGGCUAAAAUAUUGGUACCUGAAGGUUCAAAAGACGUACCUGUCGGGCAGGCCAUUGCUAUAACAGUUGAGGAUGCAGAUGAAAUCCAAAAUGCCCCUGGAAGUGUUGCGAGUGGCUCAACGGUUAAUGAGGACAAAGCAUCUGACUCAGAUGUUAAAACUGAAGAUAUGACACAUGACAAGAGUCCUGUUCAGUUGAACGCAUCAGACCUUCCCCCCCAUAUUGUGCUUGGAAUGCCAGCACUAUCUCCCACAAUGAACCAAGGUAAUAUUGCCAAGUGGUGGAAAAAGGAAGGUGAUAAGAUAGAAGUGGGCGACAUAAUAUGCGAGAUAGAGACAGACAAAGCUACUCUUGAGUUUGAAAGUCUCGAAGAAGGGUAUUUAGCUAAGAUAGUGGCCCCAGAAGGUUCAAAAGAUGUUGCCGUGGGAGAACCUAUUGCAAUAACAGUUGAAGAUCCCAGUGACAUUGAUAUUGUAAAGAGCUCUGCUGCGAUGGGGUCGGGGGUCAAAGAAGGAAAAUCAGCACCUCCUGCUACUAAACAUGAAACUCAGAGACCUCAAGCCAGUGUGAGAAGGAUCAGUCCAUCUGCUAAGUUACUGAUCUCAGAGCAUGGGUUGGAUGCAUCUUCAUUGAAUCCAUCAGGGUUUCAUGGUACACUGCUUAAGACAGACGUUUUAGAGGCUAUAAGAUCAGGAAAAGGAUCUAAAAUCAAAUCACAAACUAAGGAGAAAGUUGCACCAGUGCCUCAGAAAAGCCAACAACCUUCUUCCACACCCCCAACACAGCAUUCAGAUACUUUCGAAGACAUACCCAAUUCUCAAAUACGCAAGAUCAUAGCAAAGAGGCUGUUGGAAUCAAAGCAGACUACCCCACAUUUAUACUUGUCCACAGAUGUCAUUCUAGAUCCUCUUCUCUCUUUCAGAAAGGAGCUUAAAGAGAAGCAUGAUAUCAAAGUUUCGGUGAAUGACAUAGUCAUCAAAGCUGUUGCUGUUGCUCUAAAGAAUGUGCAAGAAGCUAAUGCUUACUGGGAUGAUGAGAAAGGGGAGAUCAUUCCCUGUGAUUCUGUUGAUAUCUCAAUUGCAGUUGCCACCGACAAGGGUUUGAUGACUCCUAUUAUUAAAAAUGCAGACCAGAAAUCCAUUUCUGCUAUCUCCUUGGAGGUUAAGCAACUGGCUGAGAAAGCUCGGGCAGGGAAGCUUGCUCCACAUGAGUUUCAAGGAGGAACAUUCAGCAUUUCAAACUUGGGUAUGUAUCCUGUCGACCAGUUUGCUGCAAUAAUCAACCCACCACAGGCGGGCAUACUAGCAAUUGGCAGAGGGAACAAAGUAGUCGAGCCAGUCGUUGGAAGUGAUGGAACUUUGAUUGCCGCGGUUGUGAACAAAAUGAUCUUGACUUUAUCUGCUGAUCACCGUGUUUUUGAUGGCCAAGUCGGAGGUGCAUUUCUCUCUGCUCUUCGAUCAAACUUCAGUGAUAUUAAAAGACUACUUCUAUGA